CCCGUCUCUCCUCCCUCCCGGCUACCCGCUCGCUUCACGCAUCGUUCCUCUCGUCUCGCUCCGCGCUGCUCCCACUCCCACUGCUUGAAAUAAAUAAACCCGGGCGCGAGAGUUCGCCGAUCCCCAUUCCGAUCCUGUCGCGGCUGAUUUUAUACGGGCUCUCCCGCCCCGCGCGCGCCGCAGGCGAUGGACCUCCCCGUGGUGGACCUCGCGCCGUACCUCAACCGCAUCGCCGGCGAGGAGGAGGAGGAGGAGGAGAGGGUGCGCGCGCUGUGCGCGGCGGUGAGCGCCAGCCUGCGGGACACGGGGGCGCUGCUGGUGAAGGACCCCCGCUGCUCCGCCGCGGACAACGACCGCUUCCUCGACGUCGUCGAGCGCUACUUCGCCCGAUCCGCCGACUCCAAGCGCCUCCAGGAGCGCCCCAACCUCCACUACCAGGUUGGUGUGACGCCUGAAGGUGUGGAGAUACCUCGCAGCCUUGUUGACAAGGAGAUGCAGGACAAGAUCAAGGAUAUGCCGGAGGAGUUUCAGCCAGCCACCCCCAAGGGUCCAGACCCGAAAUGGCGGUACAUGUGGAGAGUGGGUCCUCGCCCGGCAAGUACUCGUUUUAAGGAGUUGAAUUCAGAACCUGUUAUCCCUGAUGGAUUGCCUGAGUGGAAGGAGACCAUGGAUUCCUGGGGUUCUAAAAUGAUUUCUGCAAUUGAGGUUGUUUCUGAGAUGGCCGCAGUUGGAUUUGACUUGCCAAAGGAUGCAUUUACCUCUCUGAUGAAGGAGGGACCACACCUCCUAGCACCAACUGGAAGUGACCUUGAGCGGCAUGGUUCUGAGGGCACUGUUUUUGCUGGGUUCCAUUAUGAUCUCAAUUUCUUGACCAUACAUGGUCGAAGUAGAUUUCCAGGCCUGAACAUCUGGUUAAGGAAUGGCAAAAAGAUGGAAGUUAAGGUCCCUGUUGGCUGUCUUCUGAUUCAAUCAGGGAAACAGUUGGAAUGGCUUACUGGUGGGGAGUGUCUAGCUGGAAUGCAUGAGGUAGUGGUAACCAAGAGAACAUUGGAGGCUAUAGCAUUAGCAACAGAGCAAAAUAGAAGCUUGUGGAGGGUUUCAUCGACACUGUUCGCACACAUUGCUUCUGAUGCCACUCUCAAGCCAUUGGGCCACUUUGCUGAAGCAUCCGAUGCUCAUAGUUACCCACCAAUCUGCGCUGGGGAGUACGUCGAACAGGAACUAUCUGUGAUCAAUCUGAAAGGAAAUAAUGGAUUGUAGACACAUUAUGCAGAUUGCUGGUCAAACUUACAAUUAAUCUGAUCAGUAAACGGCACACAACAGCCCUAGCUGAUACUUGUGUUUUCGUUCCUGGAGGCUCACACACUGACACUACUUGGGUACUCUGCACAGCUCGUUCAUAUUUAUGCUUCAAACCUCUUGUUAAGAUAGAUUGUAUCUCUUGAAUGUACUAAACUGGUAUCAAUUGUGCAAAUAAAAUUAUGAUGUUUAACUUCCAAA